AUGGAUAAGAGUCAAACACACAUUAAAAAAGGACUUCCUGCGUAUUUGGAGCACAGUGCCACAGGUCUGGCGAGACUUCCGAGGGUACAGUUGUAUGCAUCGUCUGCGGGCUUCACGACCUUGUCGAUGCAAAAAGUGGGCAAGCAGGGUCAAAACCCUGGGCUGGACGAGCCAGGUUCAGAAAAUCCCGUCGACGAAGACGGAAGGGCGUGUGUGAUCCGCAGCGGCAGCCGCUGA